UUUCACUAAAGGGACCAGCAUCGAUAUCCGAAUCGUGAACGAACUCCUAUGAAACACCGCUUCGAAAAUGUGAGCCAAAUGUUUCAUACCGACAAAGAUAUUCCUUAAAUAAAGUCAUAUAGACAGUUCCUCUCGCUUUGUACGAUACACCGACAAUAAAUAUAUGAACACGGAAUUCAGCUUGAUUUAUAGAUACGCUUUAUAUUACGAAAGAGACACAAGAGAAAGAGAUAAAGAGAAGAAAGAAAGAACGUAGAAAACAUGGCAAUAAACGUGGUGAUCCCUCUCCUUAUUCCCUUGGAGGAAAAUCUCCUGAAUGCCACAAGGUUGUUGAGCAGACCGGCAGUAGCGGACCUCGGGUUCACGGAGCCGCGAUACUGCUCUGUUCUCGCCGAGGAUGCGCAGCCGUCAGACGUUGUCACGACCGUCACGGCCACGCAUAGCGACGGGGAAGAUAUUCGCUACAGCAUCAUAGGAGGCAACAGGGAUGGUCUCUUCACCAUCGAUCAACACACAGGCACCAUCACCCUCGCUGCCCCUCUUGAUUAUGAGAAAAGUAAUAAGCACGAGUUAUUCGUCGUGGCAGAAAGUGCAGGUAAAGAAGCCCACGCUAUAGUGAAGAUAAUAGUACUGGAUGUUAACGACAACGCGCCCUUCUUCGUUAACCCAAACCCCGAGGUCAUUGUCAUAGAAGAAGACGACCGUGACCUUCCCAAACCUCUAAUAAAAGUCGAAGCGAGGGACAGGGACAGAACAGAUCAACAUGGCCUUCUGUACACGGUGCGAGGAGACGGUGUAGACGGCUACGCUCGAACACGGGCCUACUUCGCUAUCAAUUCUCAAACUGGAGAACUGCUCUUGCUCCGUGCGCUGGACCGUGAUCUCCCCUAUGGCAAGAGCGUAUGGAAGGUGAGAGUCCAAGUCCGCGACGGGCAGGCGCUGUGGAGUCGCCACGGGACGGUCAUUACCACCAGUCCGUCAUCAGGCAGCCAGACACACCAGCCAUUUCCCAGGGCAAACCAACGUCGCGUGGCGUAA